CAGCUUAUCGCCUUUCAUUGCUCAUACGCUCUGCGCCCGGAGCUCAUGCUGUUACCGGAUAUCUAGACGACGGGUGGCCGUUUCGCCUCUUCUCACUUGUUUUUAACCCACGAAAAUCUGACAUGACCGUAGUAAACUUUUAAACAGUCUACAAUUGAUCAAAGGUGAAGAGGGCCUGUCGCUGGGGGGUAAUGUAUUAUCGGUUAGUGGCUCCUUCCUCUGGUUUCACAAAGGAGCCGUGGUUUCCUCGGAGUCCGGUCACAGAGCACCGAAAGCCCGCAAGUAGCCUCUAAAUCCUCAGGGAAGGAGGGAGGGGGAAACCCAGAGAAACACCACCAUGGCGAGCGACGACUGCAGGAAAGAUGAGUCGCUGGAGGAGAACCGCACAGACUCGGGCAUCGACUCGUACCGCUCCAUACUGAAGUCUGAGGAGCCCCGGGAGCCGAGCGUCGACUUCAGCGGACCGAGGGACAAGUUUCCCGCCGUGGACGAGCGCCUCGACUCGGCUUAUGAGUCCUCGUCCAUCACGGUGGAGAGUUUGACGGAGGUAGUCGAGGGCUACACGCUGGAGGAGCAAGCACCGAGCUCUGAACUCUCUAAACAGGAGGAGAACUUGCUCACAACUAUCACUGAAGAUGGAGACACCAUCCUGCACUUAGCCAUCAUCCAUGAAGAGGAAUUCAUCUCCAAACAGUUGAUACAGAUAUUCCCAAAAGAAGUCCUGGACAUCCAAAAUAAUUUAUACCAGACACCUUUGCACCUGGCCACCUACCUGAAGCUGCCGGAGGUGGUGAAGCAGCUGGUGGAGAAGGGGGCGGGGCUUGAGCUGCAGGACCAGGAGGGGAACACCGCGCUGCACGUGGCCUGCCAGCACGGGGAGACAGAGUGCGCCACGGAGAUGACCCGAGACGUUUCCCCCAGCAAGAUGGCUCCGGUCCUCGAGAUCCAGAACUGGAGAGGUCUCACUUGUCUUCACUUGGCUGCACUGAACAGGCAACAUCAGAUAAUGAAGCUCCUGGUGAAAAAAGAAGCAGACUUGAACAUCCAGGAAGGAACCAGCGGGAAAACAGCUCUUCAUCUCGCUACGGAGCUGCACGACAUCACGUCAGUGAAGCAGCUGCUCAGCUGGGGAGCCGACGUGGACGCCGCCAUGUUUAAUGGCUGCACGUCGCUGCAUCUCGCCGUGGGGAGACAAGACGCCGCCAUCGCCAACCUGCUCUGCCAGUCCGGUGCCGACACAAUGCUGCGAAACAUGGAGGAUGAAACAGCGCUGGAUCUGGCUGACGGCAACGAUGACAUUCUGGCUCUUUUUCCUUUUGAUGACAUCCAGAUCUCCGGGAGGUCGGUGGUCAGCGUGAAGUUUUGAGCUAAAUCUUAGGCUUAACAACAUUUAUUAAAUUGCCUGGAGCUUCAUGUGAGUGGAGAUAUUUGAUUUAAAAACAAAAGAAAAGAAAAAAAAGCAGAAUUUGUAGCUUUAUUAAUUAGUGUCUCUAUUUCUAGAACAUUCUGAUUUGAUGUGUAUUUAUCCAUUAUCUAGACAAACAAGUGCAACACAAAAUAUGACUUCCCCCUAACAAAGAGAGCGAUUCAGAUUUAUUGCACACUGAUAAAAAGUCAUUGUUUCAGUCAUUCUGCAACACAAACCACCUCAAUGUCCCAAAUCCACAUUUUAAAUGAACAUAAAAGAUACUACCUCUUAAUCACAUUAACCUAUUUGUAAUUUAAAUAUUGGACAUUCAAAUUGCUUUUUUUCACAGUUUCUCAAACUGUAUCAGUGCUUUUUUUCAUAGCCAUCAUUGUAGCCACAUACUUUUUUUAACAUUUCUUUUCGCCACACCAAUAACUUACAGACGAUCACAGAAAGACUUUUUGAGGAAUGUAAUCAGAGAACAAAUGUCAAACUAACUGUGCCCCAAAGAGAUCUGCAAGCCUAUGAAGAGAAACUAAUCACUGCUUUUUCUUAGGAAGCCGAUAGCCCGUAUAAAAAUAUAAUAUAUAACACAAAAUGCAGCUUCCUCCUUUGUGAUUUUUCAGCUUUGCUACUUCAUAGUCAAGCUGUUUUCUCUAUUUAUCUCAUCCUAUCUUUAAUCUGCAGUAAACUGUUACCUGUACUUUGGUUUGUAAUUACACUGUCUAGUUAAUAUAACCCGUUUUGUUUAUUUUGUAAUAAAAUGGUAAGAAAACUCA